UGGCGUGACGUUAGUGAGAGCAGCGGUAGACUCUCACAAAGGUUGCCUCAUGCAUUGGCCUUACCCAUAUCUGUUUCAUGAUGGUGUUCAUGUUUGCGGUCAGGGCAAUCUCUUUUGUGCUGCCGUUGAAAUUCGUGCUGAUUGUAGGCUGUCAGAGUACCGGCAGGAGAAGAGUCAGGGUCUAUCAGUUGCUUUCGAACUUGUUGGCACAGAACCUUGUUGUUGCUAUGCGGUGGCGGCGAACGAUAUGAGCCUGCGGCUUUUCCUCCGUAGUAACGUGGAUGCUUAGGCUGCCUCGCGUAUUCGCGGCUGUGCGUCUUUCAAUCGUCCUUG